AUGCGCAGAAUCAGCCAACAAGUUGCCGGGGCCAGCACGGUCGCCACCGGCCAGCGCACCGCCAGCCUCGCCCUGCGCCUCACCGCCGCCCAGCAUGUGCGCCUGCUAUCGAGCCCACCCUCCACGCCCAUGCCGGCCUUCCCCGGCGAGGCCACCGAGCCCACCAUCAAGACCGAGGUGCCCGGCCCCGCCUCCAAGGCCGCCAGGGCCGCCAUGGAGCAGUUCCAGGACGUGCGCACGGGCCAUUUCUUCGCGGACUACGGCAAGUCGCUGGGUAACUACGUCGUCGACGCCGACGGCAACGUCCUCCUCGACGUCUUCUCCCAGAUCGCUUCCCUCGCCGUCGGGUACAACAACCCGGUGCUGCUCAAGGCCGCGACUUCGCCCGAGUGGGGUCGGUUCCUGGUCAACAGGCCGGCGCUGGGGAUCAUGCCGCCCGCCGACUGGGGCAACACCCUCCACGACACCUUCAUGUCCGUCGCCCCCAAGGGCCUGCACCAGGUCUUCACCGCCAUGUGCGGCUCCUGCGCCAACGAGUGCGCCUACAAGGCCGUCUUCAUGAACUACAUGCACAAGGCACGCGUCAAGCGCGGUGGCCGGGCCUUUAACGAGGAGGAGCUGAACUCGUCGAUGCAGAACCUGCCGCCCGGCAGCCCCGAGCUGUCGAUCCUCUCCUUCCAGGGCGGCUUCCACGGUCGUCUCUUCGGCUCUCUCACCACCACCUGCUCCAAGCCCAUCCACAAGGUCGACAUUCCGGCCUUCGAUUGGCCCAAGGCGCCCUUCCCCAAGAUCAAGUACCCGCUCGACAAGUACGAGGCCGAGAACCGGAAGGAGGAGGACCGCUGCCUCGAGGAGGUGAGGCGUGUGAUCAAGACGCACAAGGUGCCGGUGGCGGGUCUCAUCGUGGAGCCCAUCCAGGCCGAGGGUGGCGACAACUGGGCGUCGCCCUACUUCUUCCAGGGUCUCCGCAACAUCACCAAGGAGAACGACGUCGCCUUCAUCGUCGAUGAGGUCCAGACCGGCGUGUGCGCCACCGGCAAGUUCUGGGCUCACGAGCACUGGAAUCUGUCGUCGCCUCCCGACAUUGUGACAUUCUCGAAGAAGAUGCAGGCGGCGGGCUAUUUCCACAACAUCCAGUACCGGCCGUCGGAGGGCUACCGCAACUUCAACACAUGGAUGGGCGACCCCGUGCGCGUGCUGCUCAUGAAGAGCAUCCUGGGCGAGAUCCGGGACCAGCACCUGCUCGAGAACGUGCAGAUCACGGGCAAGUACCUCAAGGAGGGCCUCCUCGAGCUGCAGGACAAGCACGCGGCCCUGCUCUCCAACGUGCGCGGCCUGGGCACCUUCCUCGCCUUCGAUCUCCCCACUGCCCAGAGCAGAGACCAGCUCAUCCACACCCUCAGACAGAAGGGAGUGGAGUCGGGUGGUAGCGGUACGGCCUCGGUGCGUCUGAGGCCGCAGCUGGUCUUCGGCCCGCGUCACGCCCACCAGUUCCUCUCCAUCCUGGACGACGCCCUCAAAGUCCACCCCAAGCAGUAA